CAAUCAUAAAAGUCAUAACGUGGAAAUUGGAAAUUCUUUGAUUUCCUCAUCGAAAAUACACGUCAAAAUUUAAUCAGAGUAGAAAAGUGUAAAAAUAUUACUUGCACGAAUGCUACUAUAGAAAGCAAACAUAUAAAGUCUUACCAAAGUGUUGUGGAAGUAUAAUUGUUUGAGUGGUAGUAUCAUUGGCUGAAUAGAAGCAAUAAUUUCUAGCAAAUUCCCCAAGGGUGCACUUUCAGGAAGCACCAUGUCCACAUCAGUUGCAGGACCCACAAAACAGGAUAUUGAGGCAGUGUUCCACCGCCUACGCACACAACCUGCCAAUAAAGCUUGUUUCGAUUGCUCGGCAAAGGCGCCCACUUGGUCUUCCGUUACAUAUGGAAUUUUUAUAUGCAUUGAUUGCUCGGCGGUACACCGUAACUUGGGUGUUCAUUUGACCUUUGUACGUUCAACAAAUCUGGACACUAACUGGACCUGGCUGCAGUUACGCCAAAUGCAACUAGGCGGCAAUGCUAAUGCAGCACAGUUUUUCCGACAACAUAACUGUGUUACCACCGAUGCCCAACAGAAGUACAAUUCGCGUGCAGCACAACUGUAUCGCGACAAAUUGGCUGCCAUAGCCCAGCAGGCUAUGAAAGUGCAUGGUACCAAGUUACACUUGGAAAAUAGCGCUGACAAAUCGGAUGGAAAUGAUGUGAAAUCCACCACCGAAACGGAGGAAGACUUCUUUGCUGAGUGCACUAAUGACAACAAUAAGAAAAACUUGCUAGAUAAUAAUAAUAGCGAGUCGGAAGUGAAGCUCGACAUUCUAACUAAAGCUGUUGCUCCAAAACUGGCUGAUAACAUGAAUUCUGGUGCUCCUAGUGUUGAUUUUUUAAACUCUGCUGCACCACCGCCGGCUGUCACACCUUCCAUUGGUGUGCGCAAGAUACAGCCAAAGAAAUCUGGCUUAGGAGCACGUAAAAGCGGACUCGGUGCGACUAAAGUUAAAACAAAUUUCGCUGAAAUAGAGCAGCGCGCUAACUUGGCUAAUCAAUGUAAAGAGGCGCCAAUAGUGUCGGAUAAGCCUCAAACAGCUGAAGAGGAACUAGAAAAGGUAGCUAGCAUGCGUUUGGCAUACAAGGAUUUGAAGGUGCAAUUGCAACGGGAAGAAGAAAAAAUGAAAAAGAUUGAUCCAGUAAAAUACAAGCAAAUGGAACGGCUCGGCAUGGGCUUUACAUCGGGCAGUGGUAGUGUUUCGCAUUCAGCACUAAGCGAUAUGGAAACCAUACAACAAACUGCUGCGCCGAAAACAACACAGUCUCAGGCAAGAAAUUCUAACAUUGGCAACAGUGAUGAGCUGACUGAUAUGGAUAAUGUACUCGGUGAAUUUUCGAACCAUCUGUAUAUAGAUAAUAUCGGUAUGAGCGGUCGCGGUAUUGGUGGCACGAAAACUUCAAAGGCGGAUCAAAGUGAAUUGGAAAUGAUGGGUUUUGAGACAAUCGAACCAUUUGGUGGCGGACAUGCCAAUAUCACAUCAAUGUUUUCCGGCGCUGAUGGUGAUUCUAAGCAGAAAACUACUACUAAACCAACAACAAAUAGCAGCAAUAAUAAUAGUAAUACACGUAAAGCUGGAAGCAGCUCUAAUGCUAAGAGCUUCAGUGAAACUUCGGCACAGGAUAAGUUCGGCAGUGCCAAAGGCUUUGGUUCCGAUCAAUUCUUUGAUAAUGAUACAAGUCAAACAGGGCGAAGAAAACCAAAUUUGAAGCGUUUCCAGAAUUCCGAUAGUAUAUCUUCAUCGGAAUUAUUUGGCCAAGCAAAUGGCAGACGCUCCCGGGAUCCGGCUGCCGUAGUCUUUCAGCCACCUGACUUGGACGAUGUCAAGGAGAGUGUUCGACAGGGCGUUCACAAGGUUGCUGGUCGUUUAAGUUCAAUUGCAAAUGAUGUUAUGACAUCGAUUCAAGAUAAAUAUGGCUACUGAUCGAAAAUAUAUUUGAGCGUUAUUUAUAUAUUUAAACGCAUUUUCCAUUUAUUAUGCGUAAUACGUGUAGGCAUCAAAUGUUGUUAAACGACAACAAAGGAACGAAAGAAAAUAUUAAUCGGUUACACAUAGAUUCUAGGACAUUGCAAAAACAAAAAAUUAUAGCAUUCAAAUAAAUAAAUAUAUAUACAUACAUAUAGAAUGAAUCAAGUUAAAUAGUUUUCUAUAACUGUCCGAAAACACUUAAAAAGUCUAUAUGAAAAAUUUAUUGUACAUUUAAAAUGCCAUUAGAACGAAAGGAAUUUUAUGCGCCACGCUUGUCGUCUCUUUUUGUAGCUUUCAUUAAAAUUCCAUAAAACUCUUAAAUAAAAUUAUUUCACUCCAAUACAUUUUUCUUUCUUGUAAACUGCUCGAUUGCAACAAAAACAAAAAGAAAAGAAUAAUUGGGAAGAUUCUUUUUAAUUAUUUGUAUGUAUUGAACUGAAGACAUUCACUUGUAGCCAUUGCAUUGUAGAGAAAACUUUUAGCGAAUAAGUGAAAAAAAUCAUAACCGUAUAUAUUCAAAUGUUGGAAAAUAAUAUAUGUAAUCUGAAGCUUUUAAAAUAGCGAAAAUUUUGUUUUCCAAAGCAGCUCAUAUCUAUCUAUGCUUAAU